GGGAGAAGAAGUGGACAGUAGAGAGGACAAGCAGUGAGGAGGAGGUAGUAGGCCCGGGAAGGAGGAGGAGAGAGGCGGUGAUGUGCUGCUGCUGCUGUAGCUGCCUCCCUGCUGGGGGAGCGGCAGGAGAUCUCGUCACCUAGCCCAGGGAUCUGUGCACCGGAGGAGGGAAAGGGGGGAUUCUCCUCCCCGGGCAGGGUCCAGGGCUUCUGCCAUGUCGGAGGCGGCUGCAGAGGCAGGCUCCGGCGGCAGCUCGGCCAGUGCGGGGUCUCCGGCCGUGGUAGCCCCAGCGGCAGCUGCUGGAGCACCCCGGGGAGCUGAGAGUCCGGCUGGGGGAGGCGCAGUGGUAGCAGCGCCGCUCAGAAUCGCCGCGAAGAAGGGGCAGCUCCGCUCCGCUCCCCGGGCUAAGAAGCUGGAGAAGCUGGGAGUGUACUCAGCGUGUAAGGCUGAUGAAACCUGUAAGUGCAACGGCUGGAAGAACCCAAAUCCACCCCCCACCCCACCCCGAAUGGAUCUUCAGCAGACCGUUGUCAGCCUGACUGAGCCAUGCCGUAGUUGUUCUCACACACUUGCUUCACAUGUUUCCCAUUUAGAAAAUGUGUCAGAAGAGGAAAUUAAUAGACUCCUGGGGAUUGUACUAGAUGUGGAAUAUCUUUUUACUUGUGUACACAAAGAAGAAGAUGCUGAUACUAAACAAGUGUAUUUCUAUCUAUUUAAGCUUUUAAGAAAGUGUAUUCUACAGAUGGGGAAACCUGUGGUGGAAGGAUCAUUGGAGAGCCCACCAUUUGAGAAGCCAAGUAUUGAACAGGGUGUAAAUAAUUUUGUACAGUAUAAAUUUAGUCACCUUCCAGCCAAAGAAAGACAAACUAUAAUAGAGCUGGCUAAGAUGUUUCUGAAUCGCAUCAACUACUGGCAUCUGGAAACUCCUUUACAGCGAAGACAGAGAUCCCCGACUGAUGACAUUGCUGCAUACAAAGUAAAUUAUACAAGGUGGCUCUGUUACUGCAACGUCCCCCAGUUCUGUGACAGCUUGCACCGAUAUGAAACGACACAGGUGUUUGGCCGCACAUUGCUGCGUUCAGUCUUCACAGUAAUGAGACGCCAGCUGCUGGAACAGGCCAGGCAGGAGAAAGAUAAACUUCCACAAGAGAAGAGAACAUUAAUAUUGACCCAUUUUCCAAAAUUUUUGUCUAUGUUGGAGGAAGAGGUUUACAGUUCAAAUUCUCCAAUAUGGGAUGAAGAGUUUAUGUCCUCAUCUUCACGGACAAAUGAGCUUGGAAUCCAAGCAGUUAUCACAAAUCCUCCCGUUGCAAGAACAGUCGCUUAUGUGGCCAGCCCAUCAGCAUUAGAGCAGCCCAACAGUGGAAAUUUAAGCCCAUCUAGUAAACAAGCACUGGAAUCAAACAUAGGUGAAAAAAGAAAAAGCAGUGAGCCAUAUUCUGGAGAAGAUUCCAAAAGACCAAGAGUUGUAGGAGACAUUCCUAUAGAAUUGAUCAAUGAAGUGAUGUCCACAAUUACAGAUCCAGCUGCCAUGCUGGGUCCAGAGACUAGUUUCCUAUCUGCUAUUUCUGCCAGAGACGAAGCAGCUAGGCUGGAGGAACGCAGGGGAGUGAUCGAGUUUCACGUGGUUGGGAAUUCUUUACACCAGAAACCUAACAAGAAGAUCAUGAUUUGGCUCGUUGGCUUACAGAAUGUCUUCUCCCAUCAGCUACCUAGGAUGCCUAAAGAGUAUAUCACUCGCCUUGUCUUUGAUCCGAAACACAAAACACUUGCUUUAAUCAAAGAUGGGCGUGUAAUUGGCGGCAUCUGCUUUCGAAUGUUUCCAAGCCAAGGAUUCACAGAAAUAGUCUUCUGUGCGGUGACUUCAAAUGAACAAGUAAAGGGCUAUGGCACGCAUCUAAUGAAUCACUUGAAAGAGUAUCACAUCAAACAUAAUAUACUGAAUUUCCUCACCUAUGCUGAUGAGUAUGCAAUAGGUUAUUUCAAAAAACAGGGUUUUUCUAAAGAUAUUAAAGUACCUAAAGCAAGGUAUGUUGGAUACAUCAAGGAUUAUGAAGGAGCCACUUUAAUGGGAUGUGAGUUAAAUCCCAGGAUACCAUACACAGAAUUUUCAGUCAUCAUAAAGAAACAGAAAGAGAUAAUAAAAAAGAUGAUUGAAAGGAAACAAGCACAGAUAAGAAAGGUGUACCCCGGAUUGUCUUGCUUUAAGGAAGGAGUACGACAGAUACCAAUAGAAAGCAUACCGGGAAUUAGAGAGACGGGUUGGAAACCAAGCAUAAAAGAUAGAAGUAAAGAGCCAAAAGAUCCAGAGCAGCUGUACAAUACGCUAAAGAAUAUUCUACAGCAGGUAAAGAGUCAUCAAAGUGCAUGGCCUUUCAUGGAGCCUGUGAAAAGAACAGAAGCGCCAGGAUAUUAUGAAGUUAUACGAUUUCCCAUGGAUCUCAAAACCAUGAGUGAACGAGUGAAGAACAGAUAUUAUGUGACAAAGAAGCUGUUUAUGGCAGAUCUCCAGAGGAUUUUUACAAACUGCAGAGAGUACAAUCCUCCAGAGAGUGAAUACUUCAAAUGUGCAAACAUCCUGGAGAAAUUCUUCUACACGAAAAUUAAAGAAGCUGGACUAAUAGACAAAUAAGCAAUGAUUACAGUGUUACUGUAUGUCAACAUGCAGAUAUGAGUGACUUACCUACUGUUUUUCAUACCAUGCUUUCAAUUUGCACUCAUAUGAAAUCUUAUUAACCUUCAUAAUAUUGGUUACCUUUUAAGCUAUUUUUGGGGGGUUUGAUUUUGUAUAGAUUUUAUUAGAAAAGGGUGCUUUAAAACAUUUAGGGCCUAGAGUAUAUAAUGUUGAGAUGAGCUGUUUUGUAUAUUUAGAAGUGUUUUGUAUUAUAAUGUAAAAAGUUCAGCGUUAAAAUAGCUUCUUAACCACUAACUAUAACACUGUUUAAAAUAGACCGAUAACAGAUUAUAGAUUUGCUUAUGCCGGCCAUAAGAUAAAACAUAAUCUGAUAGAACUACAACGCAGACACUAAUGUUUGAUUUUAGGCAGUGUCAUUGUAUUCAUUUUUCAAGUUUUUAGAUACAGAUUACUUUUAUGGGGAUACGUUUGUAAUGUUUUUUUUUUUUGUUUUUUUUUUAGGACUAGAAAAGUUCUUUUUAACUAUAUGUAGAUGACAAUUUUAAUAAUAGUAUUAGUACUGUUACAGUACCUGUCAUACAUUUUCCCAUAUCCUAAUGAAAUCAUGAGUUUGGUAUACUGUAUAUUAUUAGGUCUGUGCAGGUAACAUAAAAGACUCUAAAGGUUCUAUACCAAGAUCUUUUGUGUUUCAAAAUCGAAGGCAUUUGUUUUAAAGUGUUAUUAUUUUGUCUUAUUGACAGGGGUAGCUUAUUUUUACAUACAAUUUAGUGUAUAUUGAAUACAACAGACUAUGAAAGACUUAAAGUAUUUUGUAUUUUAGAAGUUAAAGACAUCAUAUUGUUUCCCAACUGUAAAACUGAAUUGAAAACAUAUAAUGUUGCCAGAUCCUGUUGUGGUUGGCACAUUCCUGCCCGUAAUAAUUGUGACACACUAAGGUUUUUUUGUUUUCAUUUUAAAUACACUUCAUUUCUAUUUUUCUAACUACUUCAUUAUUUUUUCAAAGUUUAAAAAUGCAAUAUUUAUGUGACUGAUAUAUUUGUUUUUAAAAUGUUAAUGUUUAAAUGGACAUUAGAAUUGUGCAACUCAAAUGCUACACUGGAGGAGAAUGAUUUAAGAAAUUCAAGGAUAAAUAUCUGUGUAAUAAGGAUUGUAUACCAGUACACAAACUGAAAAUUCAUCAUGUUGUAAUGAGUUGGCUAAUUCAUAGAUUGUUUAUCUCUUAGUUGCUGUAACUGAGAUGUAUGACACAGAACUUGUAACAGUAAUUUCUAGUGUUUAGCAUUCUUGCCGCAAGUUUAAUAGCUGGCAAGUGUAGUGGAAAUAUGGUAGCAAAUUGGGCAAUUGAUACUGCUGUGGACAAAAUAAUGUAGACUACAAAAACAACUGCCAAUCAAAGGUAAGAGGUUGAAAAACUUUUAGACAAUCGGAUGACGUGCAUUUGUUAACUUCACUAGAACGGACUCCCAAAUUUUGUGCAUCACCAGAAAUCGUUUAGGUUACCUGGCUCCUGAAUUAAUGACUAAAUUGUAAAAAGUGUAUUUCAGAAAUACAUUCACACACACAGUAUAUGCAUGCACAAGUAUUUUUGACCUGCCAAUGGCCACUUCACAAGUAUGCAAAAAUAAAAAAAGCAUGAAUAAUGUGAAUGUGUGGCAACGCACAUUGCACAUCAUUGUGUACAUGCAGGUGCAUUCACUGACUGGGGAAAAAGUGUCCAAAUGCAGUUUGCAGGCAAAUGAUUGGUUAACGAGGCAGUGGGUGAGAGGCCUAUACAUACGUAUAUGGGGGAGGGGGGUCAGGGAGAUUACAUUUGAGUAAGUUUUCUUAAUACUGUCUUUGUACACACACAAGGAGUAUUCACAGCAUUCAAACCCAAUGUUGAUCUUCGUAUAGCAGUCUAGAUGACAGCGAAACUCUGCAGCAACAUUGCAGAAAUGCCAUACUUAAACCCAUGUUAUCAUGCCAGGUGACUUGAUAAGGGAGGUUUACCUCUGACAUCUCUGAAAAGCAGAUAAUAGUAGCCAGAGGAGAGAAGAUAAAUGUUGCUUCAGACAAUAGGGCUGAUACAAAGUUAGGUAUUUUCAUACUGAGCAUGCUCUGACUUUGAGCUUACACAAGAACUGGUGGUGAGAGUCUUAUGCGUCUCCGUUACAUCUCCACUUGCUACAGAAUGCUGAGAUCAGAGGCGGCUUGUCAAGAGAAUUGUGUGUUGUACAAACAUGUAAUUAUGCCGGUUUUCAGAUAGAUGUUUUGCAAGAGGGAUAGAGAUGGUACAAGUGCACAUUUAUAUUGAUGAUGUGUAGCAAGCUAACAGUAUACAUAGGGGUGGUCUGACCACAAAGAUGUACACACAGGUGAAUAUAUAUGUGUUUUGUUCAUGCACACAAUGUGGGAGCAAAUAUAGUUGAAUCUGUAUAACUCAGAUACAUUGGGAUGGAUGCAAUGUACUGUAUGUGUAUUAGACGAUGUACGUAUAUUAGUAAUAUCACAUUCAAACCAAAGCGGAAUACAGGCCCACAAUUGGACCUGUCUGCUGUGCAUGGUAUGAAGUAUUCAAAGAUCUGUUUUACACAAGAAUGUAAACUUGAGCUAGAUACCUCCAUGUUGUAAGGGAAUUGCUCCUAAUAAAGAAUGCAUUAACUUGGCUCGGAAAUGGAGCACAAGUUAAAUUACCAAGAGCAAAGCUGUGCAGAAUAAUGCCAUUUGCUCACAGAUGUGCUUUGACAACAUGUUAGCAUGGAUACACCACAGAUUGUGACUACACCACACAUCCCGCCACAGUUUUGUGCCAAAUAUGCAUCUUAGUCGCAUCACUAAUGCAGCAAAAGUACAAUGCAUGAGUACCGUGGACACUGCUGCUGCUAGCAUUGCAUGCAGCAGUAGUGUGCAACUUGGACACUAACCUGGGAAAACCAGGCAAAAUACAGAGAACUGAUACAAGUCAUGCAUUCUGCCACGCAACAUUGUGUUUAAUCUGCGACUUUAUACUAACUCCAUUGUGACGGAAAUACUUAAUAGGCACCCAGUACACUAUAGGCGACUUUGGAUGCAUCCACAAUGUGGCAUUGGUGAUAAAUUAAAUUAUAAGUACAAAAAGUCCAAGGAAUACUACCAGUGGCAGAAAAUCUGUGCUAUGCCUUGUCUCACACCAUAUGGUGCAAAAUAACUAAACUAAAUCCCAGUUAUUACUGCUGUCCAAGGUUAUUACAUAUUGUAGGUUGCUGACUCUUACAUCUUAAUAACCUAGGACACAGGUUCUCAAACAGAGGGGCAAAUGUAUUAAGCCUGGAGAAGUGAUAAAGCAGUGAUAAGUGCAAGGUGAUAACGCACCAGCCAAUCAGCUCCAAUAUGUAAAUCGACAGGAGCUGAUUGGCUUGUGCGUUAUCACCUUGCACUUAUCACUGCUUUAUCACUUCUCCAGGCUUAAUACAUCUGCCCCAGUGUUGUUUAUGAAAGAAACAUGAACUGUUCUCUGCUAUGAGACAUAUCUAAAAUAUCUAAAGUUCUGUUCAGAAACUCGUGCACAAAUUAUAAAUGUAUAGCUGUUUUUAUAUAUUACAGUAGCUUGUAUAUUAGUUUUUGUGGGGCUUUUUAGUAAUGAAGUUAAUAUACAGGUGAAUUCAUAACAAUUCAAUUGCAUGAAUUUAGAGUUUAAACAAAUCAAAUCUAUAAUUGUCAUAAACUGGAAUUUCUUAGCGUCAAUAUUGUAGAGAAAAGUAACCAUUUAAAUGAAAUGAAUAGUUAUGACUGUUCUAUCCCCUUUACGUGUUAAUGUGGAGUAGCGACACUGUUGUUUUGUCAAGACUUUCCUAUUUCAAUACUGAAUGCAUUUUUAUGUUUUAUAAUUUAAAAGAAUGAUAUUUUCAUAUAGAUAUUGUGCAAUAAUGCUGGAGUAGAAUGCGUGGUUUUGCAAAUGCUUUAUAUAGCAAAAUAAUAUACCUUUGUAAAAGUUAAUAUAUUGUAUCAGAUUAGUUUUAAAUUAUAUAAAGGUAUUUUGGAAUUGUCUUUGUGUAAAACUAUUCAGAUAUACUGUGUAUAAUGAAGAAGGCAAAAUAACUUUCAUUUAGAUUUCUAUGUAUAUACAAGUUUGUUAAAUGUUUUGAAUAAUCAAUGGUAAGACAUUAAAAGUCUGAAAACAUG